GAAGAUGCUUUCCGGUCGGAUGGGAGGAGGUGACGUCAAGAACGGUGGCAGGAGGGGGCCUCCUGUAGCCCUGGGGACGCUAUAUCUGUGGGCCUUCAGAUCGCGUCACAAAUCGGCGACUGAACCUUGGCUGUGGUGGCUGAGGCGGCGAAGGCGGCAGCGGCGGCGACAGCUCUGGGGAUUGUGUCUCGGGGUGUGUCGGCCGCCGCUGCUGCUUGGGCCUGGUAUGUACAAAUGGCUGGUUAGGAUUCUCGGCACCAUUUUCCGCUUCUGUGACCGGCCGGUGCCCCCUGCCCGGGCCCUCCUGAAGAGGCGGCGCUCGAACAGCACUGUGUUUUCUACAGCAGACACUGAUGAGAUACCAGCCAAAAGACCAAGACUAGAUUGCUUUAUUCACCAAGUGAAAAACAGUCUCUACAAUGCUGCCAGCUUAUUCGGAUUCCCAUUCCAGCUGACCACAAAGCCCAUGGUAACCUCUGCUUGUAAUGGAACACGGAAUGUGGCGCCUGCAGGAGAGGUAUUUUCGAACUCUUCAUCUUGUGAACUGACAGGUUCUGGAUCCUGGAACAACAUGCUGAAACUGGGUAAUAAAUCUCCUAAUGGAAUAAGUGAUUAUCCAAAGAUCAGAGUGACAGUAACCCGAGAUCAGCCUCGCAGAGUCCUGCCUUCCUUCGGUUUUACUUUGAACUCAGAAGGCUAUAACAGAAGACCAGGUGGUCGUCGCCAUAGCAAAAGCAAUCCAGAGAGUUCUUUAACGUGGAAACCUCAGGAACAGGUUGUAACAGAGAUGAUUACUGAAGAGGGUGGCAAGGGUCUGAGGCGUCCCCAUUGUACUGUGGAGGAGGGUGUUCAGAAAGAGGAAAGAGAGAAGUACCGGAGGUUACUGGAGCGACUUAAAGAAAGUGGUCAUGGAAACUCGGUUCCUCCUGUAACUUCAACUCAUCAUAGCUCUCAGAGGAGUCAGAUGGACACAAUAAAGACCAAAGGCUGGGGGGAAGAGCAGAAUCAUGGAGGCAGAACAACUCAGUUUGUUCCAAAACAAUACAGAAUUGUUGAAACAAGGGGACCUCUAUGUUCAGUGAGGAGUGAAAAGAGGUGUUCAAAGGGGAAAAUUUCUGAUACAGAGAAGACAGUUGGAAUCAGACUUGAAAAUGAAGGUAGGAGGGGACACCAGCUGGAACCUGACCUAUCCGAAGAAGUGUCAGCCCGACUCCGCCUGGGCAGUGGAAGCAAUGGCUUACUCAGGAGGAAAAUGUCAAUACUUGAGACAAAAGAAAAAAAUUGCUCAGGCAAAGAGAAGGAUAAAAGGGUGGAUGAUCUUCUUGAACUUACAGAGGACAUGGAAAAGGAAAUUGGUAAUGCCCUAGGCCAUGGCCCACAGGAUGAGAUCCUAAGUAGUGCUUUCAAAUUACGAAUCACUCGAGGAGAUAUCCAGACCUUGAAGAACUAUCACUGGCUUAAUGAUGAAGUCAUUAAUUUUUACAUGAAUCUUUUGGUGGAAAGAAAUAAAAAACAAGGCUAUCCAGCACUUCAUGCAUUCAGUACAUUCUUCUACCCCAAAUUAAAGUCUGGGGGUUACCAAGCAGUGAAAAGAUGGACCAAAGGGGUCAAUCUCUUUGAACAGGAGCUUAUUCUGGUGCCUAUUCAUCGGAAGGUGCAUUGGAGCCUGGUGGUGAUAGACCUAAGAAGAAAGUGUCUUAAAUAUCUGGAUUCUAUGGGACAAAAGGGCCACAGGAUCUGUGAGAUUCUCCUGGAGAUUCCUCAACAGUUGAAUGGAAGUGAUUGUGGAAUGUUUACUUGUAAAUAUGCAGAUUAUAUCUCUAGGGACAAACCUAUCGCAUUUACUCAGCACCAGAUGCCUCUUUUCCGGAAGAAGAUGGUGUGGGAAAUCCUUCAUCAGCAGCUGCUGUGAGAAUGCCCCGCCCGGUCCCUCAGCUGCUGGUGGUUCUUUCACGGACAGACGUUUCCAUAUACCUCAUGCAUUGUGGGUUAAAAAGUCCCUGCUUCACUUCUGUUGUCUCACAGGUACUGAGCUGUCAGAAGUGCAUGAAGGCCUCUCCCUGCACCCUCGUCCUGACUUGGUAUGCGGAGGGCUGCUUGCGACCCUGUUUGUAAGGCUGUGCCUGCUCAGAGCCCUGGACUAUUCAACCCACGCAAGAACAAACGCUAAUUAAUACUUUUUUUAAAAGAGAUUUUUUUUUCCCUAUGAAUGUGGGAAAUGCAGGAUUUAUUCUAUGAUUUGUUUUUUUCGGUGUGUUUGUUCACGUGUUUUCAUUCGCUCACUCAUUUGCAAAUGUAAUGGGCAGUGGCUGUUUUCUGCUGCACUUUUACAGUUAACUCUGAAUUACUUGUUUGAACUAUUUAUUUCUGAAAAGAAUGAAAUGUUAAUCAAGCUGCCACUCCCUGCUGAAGAUCAGGAGGGAAAUCAGUGUGUGUGUGGGGGAGGAAGUGUUAAUGAACUUCUCUAACGCUGGAGCAGUAACUGCCAACUUGAAGCUGGAGGUCUUUUUUUUGAGGCUUGAAAAUUCUGGGAGAAGCGCUGUGGUGUAGGCUCCGAUGGCCUUUCAGAGGAAGUCUGACACUACAGCACUGGCAAGGUGUCAUGGAAAAGUGGAACUGUGGCCAAGGAACUUGGCUAUCCAUGCAUCUUCAGAAGAUUGUCAUGGUCAUCCUAAAGAGACUUCCGUUUCUGGAAACGAGUUGACUUGGCUACUCUCGAAACUGGAUUUGAAGUAACUGUAAACCCUAAAUCUUCAUUUUCAUCCCAGAUCUGGUUGAGUAUGAACCUCAGAAUUGUUAAGAGCUGGCCUGAGCUGUUUAUUUCAAAAGAUCGAUUCAAUUUAAAGAUAUUUUUCCUCAAAGUUUUUUUCUAUAUUGAAAGCCAAAAUUAAGUUUUGUAUUCAUUAGGAUUUACACCCCCCACCCCCAUUCCACCCCUACUGAAAUUUGUGGAAGAGAAUUUAGUAAGUGGCUCUGAGGUUACCAGUUAUACAGUAAUCUAUUUUGCAUAUGAAAGUUUGUAUUUAACUUUUUUGUUCAUUAAAAACCUUACAGUGGUUACGCAUUUUUAAUUUCAGAGAGUUUAGAGUUGGUCAGAACAUAUUUUGCAAGAUCUAGUGCCUAGUGUUGCUUUUCCGAUGUAAUAAAAGGUUGCCUGGCAGAACCUGAAAAGUAUAUGCUGAAAUGAUUUCUAACCCUUUCCCUACUUAAACCUCCCAGACUUGUCCUGGUACACAAAAGCAAGAGGCUAAACCAGAAAAAUGGGACACGUGUUAGCUGUGAAUCAACAUGUCUGCCACCUGGGGGCCAUACUCUUGCAGCCACAGAAAAGUAUUGGUCUAGGACUGGGGGCCUGUGAUGCAGAUGGAAACUGCUGGGCCUACUUGACGGCCAAAGCAGAGGACGUGUGCUUAGGUGAUAAUUAAAGAAGGAGCCGGUUGUGCUGCAUCUCCCACAAGCGUAGGCUGCACAGACAGCCCUUCCGCAGCUUCUGCUCCUCUCCGGAGGCUGUUGGAGUGGUGCCAGUGAGUACUGGGAUCAGGCAGCUGACACAGCCAAGAAAGAGAUUAACUGGGUCAGCAUUAUGUUCAAAACCUGGCCCCCAUUGGGACUAGGUUUCACCUGGGAAUGUAGUACCUUGGUUAAGAUUUGUUCCAUGUGGCAUAAAUCCUGUUAGGAAUGGCCGUUUGUAUUCUAACCAAAUGAGUGAGGCUGGGGGAUGUAUUUCUGUUACAUUAUAAGUAUUUGAGGGGCUAAGUAAAGCAGCUUUCAUUGAGCUUUCCAUUAAUGUGCACUCUCACGAUAGCUCCUAAUAAUCUCCCAGGACAUAACGAAAUAGAUAAGAACAGAGAGUUAAGUUAGAGAAUGGCAUUCUAUUGUACUUAACCCUGACUCCCUGAACUUUAUGAGCUGUCACAGGCCAUGCUUCUCUAGGCACUGAUGGGUUUCUCUCGGUGUAGAGAAACUUGUUGGUAAUAGAAGUUUUAUAUCUAAACAGUUUAUGAGAAAAGCAGUCAGGUGGUAAAAACAGCUAUUGAUUUUAUCAGUAGCAAAUUAUCAACAUUAAAACCAGUGAGAUUUUAUGUGUGUGUGUGUGUAUAUAUAUAUUUUUUAUGAGUAGUUUAGGGGUCUGAAAAAAGGUGAAGUGAACCAUUCUUUUUUAGUAGACAAUCUCUCCUAAAGAUUGAUAAAGUUGUAAAAAAAACUACUGUUGGUGAGCAAAUGUCUUUCUUGUGUUUGACCUUGGACCAGAGCCGGGAUGUGGGUGGGAGGGAAACAAACUUGGGGCAUGUGGAAGAUGUUGUGGAGAGCCCCAUAUUCUACCUCAGUUACCUAAGGCUAUUAGAGCUUCUGAUGUCUUCAUCCUCUGAAAUCCUAAGCACAACUUGGGGAAUGCCGUGUCGAGUGGCGGGUGUUUGCACUGUGAGGAGUUGCUUGGUGCUGGGACCAAGGUGUAGGUGUGGGGAAAAUGCGUCCUUGGAGAUAAAUUGAACCUCUGAUACAAAUAAACAGGUAGAGAAAUUUAACUUUGUAAUAAGUUUAGUGCUAUCAUUAAGCUACAUUGUUUAAAUUGGCUUUUGUGAACUAAUUGGGAACCUAAUUUCUUUCUGAUAGUUUCUUUGAGAAAAAAUGCUCAGUACCCAGUAUUCAAAGAAACUUUUGAUACUUGUUUGUAUGUUGGGGAUCAAGCUGGCUGUAUUGCUCUGAUCAUUUUUUUCUUUUAAUUUACCUAAUAUAUACAAGGAAAGGGUCUGGGUGUUUGAAAUAGGUGUUGACUUUAUCUACCAAUAAAUUCCUCUUUAAUUCA